AUGGCUGGCAAUUAUAAUUUCCUGAGUUUAAACUAUACACUUGCGCUUGAGCCUCCCGGGCUAUGUUUGUCCUUCAUCAUCCGGAGCAUGGUCAUGAGUGAUUUAGAACUUAAACCACAGGGGAAGCUUAUAGUAACAGUAGUGAGAGCAACAAACUUGAAGAAUAAGGAAUUGAUAGGCCUUUCAGACGCCAUUGACCGUGCUAAUCUCUACAUGGAGGCAGGAGCUGAUGCUUCCUUUGUUGAGGCACCAAGAGACGACGAUGAGCUUAAGGAAAUCGGAAAGCGUACAAAAGGUUACAUACUAUAUAACAUGCUUGAAGGUGGACGCACACCAUUACAUACACCUGAUGAGCUUAAAGAAAUGGGUUUUCAUUUGAUCGCUCACCCGCUUACCUCACUCUAUGCAUCAACUCGUGCUCUUGUGGACGUCCUCAAGAUCCUCAAGGAAAAAUGA